CUCCACUGUUAUGUCAUUUUCCUGCAAUGGCUGCCCCCAUCGCUCUCAUUCAAGGCGCCAGCAGAGGCCUGGGGCUUGAAUUCUGCAAGCAUAUCUUGAAAAACAAAACCCCUGCUGCCGUUAUAGCGACAUGCCGAAACCCGGACGGAGCGGCCGAGCUGCGGAGCCUGACCGGUCAACACCCAGGCAGGCUGACGGUCCUCAGGCUGGAUGUGAACCGGGAGGAGGACAUCCGCGGAGCAGCGGAGCGAGUUAAGGAAAGCUUCGGUCGGCUGGAUUUGAUUGUCAACUCGUCGGCAAUGCUUCACCCCUCGGGGAAAGGAGAGACCAGCCUGAGAGAUGUUUCUGCUCAGGGCAUCAUUUCCACUUUGACAACCAACACAAUGGGUCCACUGGUUAUGGCAAAAUAUUUUGCGCCUCUCCUUCAGAAGGGUGGAGGUGGUUUCGGCCAACAGCCUGCAGAAAAAGCCAAGCAGCACAGUGGCAUCAUUGUCAACAUCACUGCCAAAGUGGGAUCCAUUGGCGACAACGGUCUUGGGGGUUGGUACAGCUACAGGAUGUCUAAAGCAGCUCUCAACAUGGCCACCAGGAAUCUGUCUAUAGAACUGGGCCGCAGUCGACCCAAGGUGGUGUGUGUGUCCUUACAUCCAGGAACAGUAAACACAGACCUCUCCCGGCCAUAUCACAAGAAUGUGCCAAAAGACAAGUUGUUCAGCACCGAACAAUCUGUCAGCUGUCUGAUGAGCAUCGUAGAUGCACUGAGUAUCGAAAAGACUGGCAAGGCUUACAACUGGGAUGGGACUGAACUUCCUUGGUAGAAUCAAUAAAUGGAAAGGAGGUCCCUGGUGGAGUCAGUCUAACCAGUCAAAAACAAACCUUUUCUACUACCUCACAACCAACCAAAGUGCUACAAUCACCUGUGACGCCAUCACAUGAAGGCCUUAUGUGGCUGAUGCAGCUGUAACUAUUCUAUUGACCUAAUGUAACAUGAGUGGGGCUCAUGUUGGCAGCAGAAAUAAUAUAUAAUCAUACCAAUCUUGAGUGUUUUCUGCAGUAUCAAGUGGUUUAUUUUAAAGGAAUAGUUUGACAUUUUGGGAGAUAUGUUUAUUCACUUCCUUUCCAAGAGUUAGAUGAUGAGAUUGAUCACACUCUUAUACGGUAUUUGCUCAUUCAGUAUGACGCUAGAAACAGGAGGUUAGCUUACCAUAAAGACGGGAAACGGCUAUCAUGGCUAAAGCUUACAAAUUAACAUGGUAUAUCUCGUUAGGUUAAUCUGUACAAAAACCCAACUAUAAAAAUGAAAAACUGGUUUUACAGUAUUGAUCUUCUCAUGUAAUGCUCAGCAACGAAGCAAAUGAAACCAAACCUAUUCCUUUAAGUGUGACAGGUAUAAACAACUUCAAUUAUUCCUUGGUGUCUUUCAUUUCUUAUUGUUGAAUAAAAUCACUUUUUGUCAUGA